AUGGGGGACACUCCACUCGCCUCUCUGUCCUUGACUCAUGUCCAUUACAACCCCGAGGACCAGCUGUCCUUCGUUUCAGCCUGGUUGGCCUUGAUCCCACAGGCAUUAUGUGUAUCCUACGCAACAUUGGUCUGGUCAACCAGAGAGGUAGAGGUGAUUCUCAUGUUUGCUGGCCAGAUGGCCUGUGAAGCUCUCAACUUUGCCCUUAAGCGUUUCAUUAAAGAAGAGCGACCGAAGGAAAUGUUUGGCAAGGGCUACGGCAUGCCAUCCUCGCACGCCCAGUUCAUGACCUUCUUUUCCGUCUACCUGACCUUCUUCCUCCUCUUCCGUCAUAGCCAAGCUUCCGCCAGCUCCUACCCCAACGUUGCCGUCCUCCUCCGCGUCCUAGUCAUGCUAGCCCUUUGCAUGGGCGCCGCCGGUGUCUCUGCCAGUCGUAUCUACCUCAACUACCACACCCCGAGACAAGUCCUGGCUGGCUGUGCCGCCGGUUUCACCUGUGCUUGUGUCUGGUUCAUGUUCACCAGCGUGCUACGAAGCUCCGGCUGGAUUGAAUGGGCCAUGGAAUUGACCGUGUCUCGGUUUGUGAGGAUUCGUGAUCUCGUGGUAAGUGAAGACCUGGCCGAGGCCGGCUGGCAACGAUGGGAAGCUCGGAGAUUGAAGCGUCGCGGUAGUGAAAAGAAGACGGCCUAA